UCUCGAAAAAACUCUUCUGAUGGGAGGACAAGUGGCGAGAAAAACCCUGAACUUAAAUCGGAAGCAUUUGCACAUUCCAAGAAUCGAUCGAACUUUGAGUUUUGGCGGUCGCAAGUGGAGUCGAGCACCGUCGAGUCGAGUCGAGUCACCAGUUCUCCGCAGACGAUUCAGCAGCCUCUCCAAUCAGCCAUUUGCAGUGUCAAUCUUGGUAGUAGUGGUGAUGGCACGCUGAGCGCCGAUAGCGGAGUGUCAACAACACGCCAACCCAAUCAACAGAAAAACGUGGAUGUUGAGCGUGAGGUGGAGUCUGCAACGCCAAAAGGUGGAGAUGAGACGGCUGCAACGCAAGACGACGCGACGACUGCUGCUGCUGCAGCGGAGAUCCUUACAGAGGCAGGCAGCUCAGACAUUGUUUCAGCAGGACUGAAAGAGAACAAACAGCAGUUGCUGGAGCAGCAGCAGCAACAGAACCCAAAGCCAAAGCCAAUUCUCAAGCGACAGGACGUUCCAAUAAGCAUUGUCGCGUUACCGCCUGCCACCACCCUACCCCCACCUAUUCUCAAGAAACGUGACAGCUUUAGCGGCGGCAGCAGCAGCAGCAGCGGCAUCAAUGAAUGCUAUUCCAGUGCACAGCAGUCUUGUGCAAUACAUGUGCAAAAUGUGAUUACAUCCGCAAAGCCUGCUUCGAUACUCAAAAACCGACAGCCUCGUGGGUCGUAUUCGUUCGAUGAGAAUGUUCAUGUCAAUGACGUGCCAUCAUCUUCUUUCGAUGAUGGAGCGCAUCUGUUGAAGCCAAUCCUGAAGAAAAAGUCGUGGAGCAUCGAGGAAAAGGUGGCUGUUUCUACGAAUAGUUCAAACCUAAACGAGGCAGUCAAGGGAAUUCUCAAGACAUCUAGCGACAAAUUGGCUUCCUUCUCAGCGUCAUCUUCUCGCAAAAACUCCGCAGUAGACGAGCUUGCCGUGUUAUCCAUUUCUAGUGCAAUUACCCAGUCCAGUUCCACCGCCUCUCCCACUAAAGCAACUCUAAAAGGAAUUCUCAAAACAUCGCCCAAAAAUCGCUCUGCAUCCAUCUCGCCUUCUAGUUCAUUUGAGGCACUGUCAGAUGACACUGAACUUGACGCUGUUCCAUUGCCACCGUCGUCACCAAAGCCUACUACAAGUGCAGCUAUGUUCUGUAGAGAAGUGUCUACGCAAGAAGAAGAGUAUUCUCCGCCAGACGUGCCAUCGUCAGACUCGAUAAUGAGCUACAGUGAUUUUACCGUACAACAACACCAACACGAACAACUCUGCAAUGAGGACUCAGCAAACAGCCAGCCAGUUCCUGCGGUGGCUGCUGCAUCGUCUGCUAGGCCAGCGUUGUUCAAGACCAUCAGUGUACACGCCUCCUCCGACAGUGACAGUCCCUCUGGCAGCCCUCUUAGUUCUAGUGAAACGCACACUAGUGACUGUAGUGUGUCCCAGCAGCAAAGUGUUCCCUCUAGCCAGAUAGAUGAUGCAGUGAAUGAUGAUGAUGUUGAUGAUGAUGAAUCUCCCUCCCAAGAGUCUAGCGCCGACACAGCACUCACCAGUGACCAUGAAAGCUGUGAGGAAACUGAUUUGAG